AUGCUGGUUGACAAGGUGGGAGCACAAGCGGAGCAGGCGUGUGAACAGGAUGCCAAGGUCCGGGAUGGGGGGAGCCCAGUGAGUGGCCCCUUGAGCCCGGCAGAUGAGGCAUACGACGAUGAAGGCAUGAAGUUGCAACUUGAAGUUGGAGAGCCCGAAACUGAGGGCGAGGAUCCAGAACAUGAGCAUGCGCAUGAUGGAGAAAAUGUUUGGGAAGGUCCGGCGCAAGAUGAGCUGAACUCGCUUAUUCUUGAGAAAGGUGCGUUGGUGAAUGUCACUUGGGCGGAUGUGCGGAAGUGGCGUGAGCGUGGAGUUCGCGUCACCAUACUGCCAUCGAAGCUUGUUUUUUCCAUUAAAGCACCUAAUGCCAGGCACAAGGUGAGAGUAGUGGCAUGCGGAAACAUGGGGCCGCCGAGAGAUGAGAGCAAGCAUGAGUACAAAGAGUCCGUGUUCACCUCGUCACUGGACAUAACACAUUUGCGGUCAGCAUUGGCUUUCUCUGCCAAAAGAGGUCAGGAAGUAGCCACGGUAGACGUCAGAACAGCCUUUCUCAACGCUGACUUGCUUCCUCGAUCUAGACAGCUUGCAGAAAAGCUAGCCGAGAGCGGAGAGAGCUGUGAAGGACAAGGUGACAUCCGGGAUUCGGUUCAGGAGUUGGUAGUCCUAACGCCCCCACGGUCUCUCGUACAACGGGGUUUAGUUCGACCUUCCACCCUGUGGAGGGUGGAUAAGGCGAUGUAUGGGCUAGAUACGAGCCCCAGGGACUGGGGUCUUCAUCGAAACUCGGUUUUGAGGGACUUGCGGAUCGUCGUUGGUGACAGGGAAUUACGACUUUGGCAGUCGUUUGCUGAUGAGAACUUGUGGUUGAUUUCGGAAACGGAGCCGAUUCAGGAUUGGUGUGGACCUCAGGACUGGACGCCUUUAGGACUUCCGGCGAAGAUCCUCGGAUGGGUAGGCGUGUACAUCGAUGACAUGAUUAUUGGAGGUGAAAAAGCGGUUGUUCAAGGGGUUCUGGACGCAGUGACGGCUCGGUGGAAAUGCGGGACACCCGAAUGGGUAGGUCAUGAGUCGUCUCGGCCUUUGAGGUUUCUCGGCUUAGAUCUUCAUUGGGGUGAGGGCCGGAACCUUCAUAUUACGCAAACCGCUUACAUCAAAGAGCUCGGAGCCAGAUACCAGGAGCAACUUAGCAGGGUCAAGGCCAGCAACUGUCCGAUGGCCCCGGGGACCGGUGAAAUCGAUGAAGAACCGGAGAAAGAAAUCAGCGACAUACGCAAGGGGCAAAAGAUCUUAGGCGAACUUUUAUGGACAGCGGUUCGUAGUAGACCCGACAUAUCGUUUGCGGUGUCGAAGCUAUCUCAAUGGAUCACGAAGGCACCCCGAAAGGUGUACGACCUAGCACUGCAGACAUUGGCCUACUUGUGUGAUGAGCGACCUCGGGUACAGGUCUUUAACGACAACAUGGCGGCAAUUGCAGGGACCUUGAAAGAAAGAUGGAGCAUGAACUUUUAUGAAAUCUUCCAUGUCGAUGGCGUGCACAACGGGGACGGGGCCAUAGAUUGGGGCGUCUUCAGUGUGAUUGUCAUUGGCGUGGUAGAUGCUGUGUCAGACGAGGAGAGAGAAACCGAACCAGCACCAAAUCGUACGGCCUUCGGCCAGCCGCGUAGCCCACUAAUGACUCAGUAUGCUGAUGACGCUAUCGCGGUGUUGGAUCGGGCGGAAGUGGCCUUUGAAGCCAACCAGCGAUGCUUAUCUGGUAGACGGCGAACUCUCAUCAUCAAGAACACCGAUGAGCGGGAGAUUGUCGAUGACAACUUCCGAGACCAAGCGCAGCGAUAUCUCCAGAGCGAGUGGGUUGGCCGAACAGAGUUCGAGGUACUGCCCGAUCUGUACAGAGCAUUCGUGAGGGAUCCUGCGGAAGUGGAUUGA